UCCUUACAUCGCGCACUAACGAGCUCGAGGCCUCGAGCACCAGCUUCACAAACUUCUCACACAAUCAAUACUUCUGAUCACAACUGCAAUUUGCGGAGUCCCAAAUUUUCGCUUGCAGCAGAGAUAUAGGCAAACGUUACAAUAUCGUUUGUACACGGUACCAUUGUACCCGCGCCCAACCCGAGGGACCCGAGGGUCAGUGUUGCUCAUGGCCCGCGGGCGCCGUCCAGGCCAGCGCGCACACAAGAGCGGACAGCGCUGGCAUGUGGGUGUGCGGUGGUCGGGGCUGCUUGGGGCCCUGCUGGCAGUGGUGACGGCGGCGCCGCUGGCCGUCGCUGGAAGCAGGGGGCCCGACCCCGCCCCCGACGCGUUUGUCACGCGCUCCGGCUCCCGGCUGACACUGGCGGGCCGGCCCUACCACUUCCUGGGCUUCAACGCCUACCAGCUGACGGCCCAGGCGGCGGGCGAGAAUGACGACGGCUGGCCGGGCGACGGCGGUGUGGUCGCGGCGGGCCGGGCGCGAGUGGAGCAGCUGCUGGGGCUGGCAGCGCGCCUGGGACUGCGGGUGGUACGCACCUGGGCCUUCAACCACCGCCUGCCCGCACUCAACCCCGCCUGGCUGCAGCAUGAGAAGCCCUACGACAGCGGCAGUAGCAGUAGCAACUCCAGCAGCAGUAGCAGCACAACCAGCUACCUCGCUGGCUGCCUGACUGACACCAACGGCGGGUCGGCCUGCGCCGCCGGUCUGCCGCUGGUGUGGGAUGAGGCGGAGUUCGUGGGGCUGGACUGGGUGGUGGCGCGGGCGGAGGCGGCGGGCGUGAGGCUGGUGCUGGCGCUGGGUAACUUGUGGCCCGCGUAUGUGGGGCCGGAGCGGUUCCUGCGCGCGGCGCAGCUGCUGAGCCCGCCGGGGGCGACUGCAGGUGGAGGCGCAGCGGAUGCAGCACCUACUGCCACGGGCCUGAGCGGCAGGGCCCUAGUGUCGGCUGACGCGGAUGCGCUGCAGCGGGCCGCCGGCGGACCCACCAGCGUGGCCGACUUCUACUGCCACCCGGGCGCGCGGCGGCUGUACGCGGAGCACAUACGCCGGGUGACGGGCCGCGUCAACACCUUCACCGGCCGGAGGUACAGCGACACGCCCGCCAUCAUGAUGUGGGACGUCAUGAACGAGCCGCGCUGCCCGGGCUGCACGCCCGACCAGCUGUCCUGCUACAGCCAGUGGAUGCGCCUCAUGUCCGACACCGCCGCCGCCGCCGCCCCCCGCCAGCUGCGGGCCAUGGGCACAGAGGGCUUCUUCUCCGAAGCACCCCACUCCGAGCUGGCGGCGGCGGCGGGCGUGAGCCAACCCCUGGAGGCGCACAACCCGGGUGUGGGCAGUGUGUGUGAGGGCGAGGACUGGGUGUCGGCCACACAGUUGCCGGGCAUUGACGUGGGCAUACUACACACCUACUGGAGGCAGACCGAGGGUGUGCCCGACUGCGGCUGGGCCCGCAUGACCUGGUGGCAGUACCUGCCCUGGUACCUGCACUACACGGCUGUGCACGUGCGGCUGGCUGGAGCCCUGGGUCGGCCGCUGGUGCAGGAGGAGUUCAACAUCAUCAGCAGCCGCUUCAUGCCCCAGCAGCGCUCCCAGCUGUUUGCGGCGGCUCUGUGGCAGCUGGUGUCCAGUGCGGAGGCGGGCGGGCCGUUCGCGGGCGCCCUGUGGUGGGGCGCGGCGCUGGUGGGCGCGGGCUGGGACGACGGCUACACCCUGUUCCUGGACGCGGGGGGCGCCGCUGCGGGGCCCACCCCUGGACUGGGUGCCUCGCUGUUCACCCUGUCCGGCCUGAACGCGCUGCUGGCUGACCCCGCCUCGCCCAGCGCCCAGGCGGCGGCGGCGAUGCAGCAGGCCAUUGCGGAGCACCCGCCGUCAGCCUGUGACCCCGUGCCGGGGGCGCCACCGGGUGGGGGUGGGGGAAAUGCCUCGACUAGCAGUGUGGUGGUGAAGAGGGACGAUGGCGGGGUGGAGGUGGUGGUGGCGGCCUCGGCGGUGAAGGUGACGGCGGCGGCGGGUCCGCCUGCCAGCAGUGCCGCAGCCAGCACCAACACCAACAAGUCACCAGUGGGAUCCGUGACGGCCCAGCUAGCGAGCACCACCGCCGAAACCGCAGCUGCUGAUGUUGCGGCGAAAGCGGAUGUCACGCCCGGCACCCCGGCAGCCGUAACCGUACUCUCGCCCUCAAUAUCAUAUCAGGUAUACUCAAGUAGCAGCCGUAGCAUCAGCAGCAACAGUAGCAGGGACGCAGGCGGUGGCCACGCUGGCGCAUCAAGCCCGAGGCGUCUGCUGCGUCAGCUGGCCGCGGCUGCAGACACGCAGCACGCUCGCGGGGUCCGGGACGGCGGCGGCGGUGCGCCACCCAGCGCCACCCGCAGCGGGCGGAGGGGUCGGGCGCUGCAGCAGGUGGAGGUGCUGGACGCCUUCCGCAGAGGCGGGCCCCGGCAGCAGUGCGCCGAGGCACGGGCCAGUGCGGGCCGUCAGCCCGCGUCGCCGCCCGCCCUGGGCUCCGACCCGGUCGGCACCCUGACGCCGCCGCUGCCUCAGCUGGCGGCGCUGCUGGCGGCGGCGGAGGGGCGGCAGCUGCUGGAGGUCAUUGCGGCGGCGGCGGAGCGGAUCAACGCGCUGUCGUCGGGGUGAUGGGGAGAUGCGGGGUGGGGGUGGGGGUGGAAGUGCUGGGCAUAGGCGGCUGCGUGAGAUGCAAGCAACAUAGCAUGAGCACAGGCCUGCCUGCAGCGAUCGUGUACUUCGAGUCAGGCAUGCGUGUAAUGAGUGCAACUGUGAUGCAUACACGUGCGUUUGAUCAUUCUUACAUGCGGUUAUACUGCGCGUUUGCAUGUGCUAUGGCAAGUCUGUGAACCACGAGGGUGCGGGGUAUCGAGACCAAACCCGGUGGCGGUGGCGCACCGAGGAAUGAGCUGCCGGGCGUGUCAAGUAAGUGGCCCUGUUCAGUCGACGGCAGCGGAGUGUCAGAGAGGUUUGAGAAUUACAGCAAACAUGGGAGGAGGCCAUUGUUGGGUUAUGAGGUUAUUUAGUGCUGCGUUCCCUAGUCGGUGGCUCCGUGGCUGUUAUGGGUCAGUUUGUGUGGACCGUACGCGCACAGCCGCAGAAGCGUUGACCCAGGGGGGAUUAUGUGCCCGGGCCCGAUGAUAAGUCCCA